CAAAAUGAAUCGGUUAACCAAUACAUACUAUUAGGGCUGUCGCUCACAUACAGACUUAUAUUGAAGAUAAACAUAUUAUUUUUGUAUAUAUUUAUGUAAUGUAAAAUGUAUGUAGUUCAAGGUAGGGUUAAUUAAUUGUCAAUAAUAAAAAAAAAAACCACGAAAUACAAAAUAUAAAGUGAGAUUGUCGACACAUUAUUUAUGUUUGCAACUAGGUGCAGAGUAUCAUGAACAUAUUAAAAUUAGUCAUGAUAACACAACGUACUGUUUAUAACCAUUGUAUAUACUGAUAACAGAUGAUAUAAAGAAAAUCGACCCGACUAUUGCCUGUUAUUAUAAGCUUAUCUUAAAGUUGAAAUACCUAACCUAUUUUUUGCUCUUCAUAAGCAGAAUGCAGCCAGAAUUAAAGCAACCAAAAAUUGUAGUUCUUGGAUCCUGUAGUGUUGAUUUUACAACAUUUUGUCCACGGCUCCCUAUGCCCGGCGAAACACUUCAUGGCACCAAAUUUAUGACAAGCUAUGGGGGAAAGGGAGCAAAUCAAUGUGUGGCUGCAGCUAAACUAGGCGGAAAUACCUUUAUGAUUAGUAGAGUUGGUGAUGACCAAUGGGGUAAGCAGUACAAAGAACAUUUGAGUUCUUUAGGUGUAGACGUAUCCCAUACUCACGUAACUCAAAACGUUACGACUGGAAUUGCACAAAUUUCAGUGGCGGAAAAUGGUGAAAACCAAAUAGUAAUAGUCGCUGGUGCUAAUAACUGUUUAAGUAAAUCUGAUGUUGACCUUGCUAAGGACUUGGUAAAAAAUGCUGAUGUACUCAUUGCACAACUGGAAACACCAUUUGAAACUACGCUAGAAGCAUUUAAACUAAACACUGGUAUUAAAUUACUAAAUGCAGCUCCUGCUAGAACUGAUAUUGAGGCUAUAUUGCCUCAUUGCACUAUUUUGUGCGUUAAUGAACCUGAAGCUUCUUUAAUAGUCGGUUUUAACGUCGAAAUACCUAAUGUGAAAAUUGCACUCAAAAAAAUAUUAGAAAAGGGUUGUGAUACUGUCAUCAUUACUUUAGGUGACAAAGGAGCUGUUUAUGCUUCAAUAAAUUCACCAGAUUGUGUUCAUGUUUUUUGUGAAAAAGUGAUACCCAAGGAUACGACAGGUGCAGGUGAUGCCUUUGUUGGUGCUUUGGCUACGUUUCUUCUGCGUGAUAAAAAUAAACCUUUGCAUCAAGUAGUCGGCGCGGCGUGCAAAAUUGCUACUUUAUCUGUUAUGAGGGAAGGAACCCAAACAAGUUAUCCUGAAAACCAUAGUUCCUUUGCUGAAGAAUAUAGUUUUGUAAUUAUUUGAUCUUAAAUCAUUAUAUAAAUAUUUGUACAAGUAAAGGACGUUUAAUUAUUUAUACAGCAUUUUAUAUUUCAAACGUCGAUUUUUAUGUUUUUACAUAGCAGUGAGACGUAAUAUCCCAUUCACAAAAAAACAUUUAAAG